UCUGAACUGCAGAUUCUGGAGAAGAUUGGGAAGGACACGGUGAUCACCCACGAGAAGGCGGCCGCGACCCCCGGGAACAUCGUGGGGCCACGGGACUUUGUGAGCGUGCGGUGCUCCAGGAGACGUGGCUCCACCUGCGUCCUGGCAGGGAUGUCCACCACCUACGGGGCCAUGCCCGAGCAGGAGGGCUUCAUAAGGGCUGAGAACGGUCCCACCUGCAUGGUCCUGCGCCCGCUGCCCGGCAGCCCCUCCCGGACCAGGCUCACCUGGCUGCUCAGCAUCGACCUCAAGGGGUGGCUGCCCAAGACCAUCAUCAACCAGGUCCUGUCCCAGACACAGGUGGACUUCGCCAAACACCUGCGGCAGCGCCUGGCCCGGCCGGUGCCUGCGGCCUGCUGACCACGGCCUGACCACAGCCUGACCACAGCCUG